AUUAAGCAAUUUAAAGAAAAUAAUUAUAUAGAAAAUUAACUUUAUAAUGGAGAAGGUUUCAAGUUCAUGCAAUAUUGAGUUACAUGCACCUGAAAUUGUGUUCUUUGAUUUAGAAACUAACGUGCCAAAGAAAAUAGGACAACAAUUCUGGGUCCUCGAAUUCGGCGCAAUUGUAGUUAGUGCUCACAAACUCAACGAAAUCGAGAGCUACACAACAUUGAUAAGGCCAAAAGAUUUAUCUGUUGUGCCUGUGAAAUCUAGCAGAAUCGGUGGAAUAACACGAGAAGCUGUGAAAAUUGCACCAUCUUUUGAAGAUGUGGCAGAGAGGAUAUUCGGUAUUUUGAAUGGAAAGGUUUGGGCUGGUCAUAACAUUCAGAGAUUUGAUUGUGUUCGAAUCAAAGAGGCUUUUGAUGGUAUCAAUAGGGCUGCACCUGUGCCUGUUGGAAUCAUUGACUCUUUGGUGGUUCUUACUGAGAAAUUUGGAAGAAGAGCUGGUAAUAUGAAGAUGGCAACUUUGGCUUCUUAUUUUGGCUUAGGAGAACAAAAACACAGGAGCCUAGAUGAUGUUAGGAUGAACUUGGAGGUUGUCAAGCACUGUGCAACAGUGUUGUUUCUGGAAUCUAGUCUACCAAAUACAUUGCAUAAUAAUGAUAAAAGCAAAUGGUAUGGGUCUUCUAGCAUUGUGACAAGAAGCAAAACAAAUGGAAAAUCACCAUGUAGAGAAGAGACAAGUAGAAAAUCUCCUCCAACUUCAUUUUCAUAUCCAAGGACAGUUCCCUAUGCUAGGGGUAGUUUGGGAAAGGUGGCUGAAAGAAUGAAGGGAUUGUUGUGUAAAGCACAAGGACAACCACCGUUUCAACAACUAUUAAAGCAUUCUCAUUCAUUGCUUAGGUGAUGGAAAAUUUACCAAAAUGGACACAGUUCUCAGAAGAGAAAGGUCUCAUGUUUUGUUGAGAUGGCAGGUUGAAAGAAAGAUAUGCUAGCCCAAAUUCAUUUGUAUAUUAUGUAUAGAAUUCAUUCAUUAUUCAAAUUCUUCAAUGAAGGAAGAUAGUAACACAGGCAUUUAAUUUGUAAAUGAAAUUAAAAUGAAGUGAUCAAAUUAUU